AUGGAUAGGAAUAGACAGUUGCUAUUAAUUUUAGGGGUGCUAUUUCAUUUCUUUUAUUUAUGGUCAAUAUUUGAUAUUUAUUUUGUACUGCCAUUAGUACAUGGAAUGAAUCAUCAUGUUUCAACUUAUGAACCACCAGCUAAAAGAUUGUUUUUAAUAGUAGGAGAUGGAUUACGAGCAGAUAAAACUUUUCAAAAAUUGAAACAUCCAAGAACUGGGGAAACAAAAUAUUUAGCUCCAUAUUUAAGAAGUUUAGCUUUGAAUAAUGGUACAUGGGGUAUAUCAAAUACAAGAAUGCCUACUGAAUCAAGACCUGGUCAUGUUGCAAUGAUUGCUGGAUUUUAUGAAGAUGUUUCAGCUGUAACUAAAGGUUGGAAAGAAAAUCCGGUUAAUUUCGAUUCAUUUUUCAAUCAAUCUAAACAUACUUAUUCAUUUGGAAGUCCUGAUAUUCUACCGAUGUUUGCUUAUGGAGAUGGGGUCGUUCCUGGUAGAAUUGAUGUUUGUAUGUAUGGGCAUGAGUUUGAAGAUUUUACAUCAAGUUCAAUUGAAUUAGAUUCGUUUGUUUUUAAACAUUUUGAUGAUUUAUUGAAUAAUUCAACUACAAAUAAAACUUUAAAUGAUGAAUUAAGGCAAGAUGGUAAUGUCUUUUUUUUACAUUUAUUAGGUCCAGAUACUGCUGGUCAUGCAUAUCGUCCAUAUUCAGCUGAAUACUAUGAAAAUAUUGAAUAUAUCGAUAAUAUGUUGGAAAAAGUCGUACCACAAAUUAAUGAAUUUUUUGGAGAUGAUAAAACUGCAUUUGUAUUUACGGCUGAUCAUGGUAUGUCUGAUUUUGGAUCUCAUGGUGAUGGUCACCCUGAUAAUACAAGAACUCCUUUAAUUGCUUGGGGAGCUGGGGUGAACAAACCUGUACAAUUGAAAGAUCUUGAACAUGUUAAAGAGCAAAUAAUAAAACAAGAUCCUGUAAAUAGUGGGUAUGAAUCUACUUAUUUUGAUACUUGGGAAUUAGAUCAUUUAGUAAGAAAUGAUGUAAAUCAAGCAGAUAUAGCAUCAUUAAUGGCUUAUCUAAUUGGUGCAAAUUAUCCAGCAAAUUCAGUUGGUGAAUUACCAUUAAGUUAUAUUGAUGCUGAGCCAGAACUCAAGAUAAAAUCAUUAUACGCAAAUGCUUUGGCCAUUGUUGAACAGUACAUUGUAAAAGAACAAGAAGUAUUAAGUCAUCAAUUUAAAUUCAAACCAUUUGAACCAUUCGUUGAAAAAAGGAUCCAAGAUUACCAAAAGGAAAUUGAAAGCUUAAUUGAACUUUUGAAGAAUGGACCUGAUGAAAAUGUUGAAAAGUUAGCAAUUGAAGUUACUGAGGAUUUGAUGAAAAAGGCUCUCUCUGGUUUAAAUUAUUUAACUACUUAUAAUUGGUUAUUACUCAGAACAAUUGUCACAUUUGGAUUUUUUGGAUGGAUUAUUUUUGCGUUCAUAUUAUUUAUUAAAUUAUUUAUUUUACCUGAAGAUUACUUGAAAACUGACAAAAGGUCUAACUCACCAAUAUUGCUUGGUUCAUUCUUAACUUUGGGUGCUUCAAUAGGAUAUUUAUUAUUUUAUCAGAACUCCCCAUUCAAUUAUUACAUGUAUGCUGCUUUUCCAAUAUAUUUUUGGUACACAAUAUUAGAUGAGAGAAGAUAUUUAUUCGAUGGACUUGAUAACUUGUUACAUGGUGUUGGAUGGCUGACCAAAUUAUUCAUUUUGAUCUCAUUUAUAGGAAUGUAUGAAGGUAUAACAUAUGGGUUCUUUGAGAGAUGCAUUUUUUCAAUAAUCUUUUGCAUCGUUGGUAUAUAUCCAGCUUUAGUUCUGGGAUCAAAUAAAAUAUCUGGAUUGAUGAAAAUUUUGUGGUUUUCCAGUUGCUUAUUUAUGUGUAUCUUCACAAAUCUUGAUCCAGUAAAAGUUGAAAACUUAUUAUUAAUUAAUCUUGGAUCAAUAUUAGCAUUUAUAAUUAGUACAGUUGGGUUCAAUGCAGUUCAAAAGAGAAAUCCUGAUUUAGGUAGUGCUCAAAAAGUACUUAUUAAUUUACAAAUACUUACUAUUCCUUUAAUAACUUAUGCAACAGAUGUAUCUGUUGUUUCUUUACAAUCAAGAGCUGGUCUUCCAUUGUAUUCACAAAUUUUAGGAUGGGUAACAUUUGUUCUUUCAUUAGUUGUUUUACCAAUUUUACAUUCAUUUUAUCCAUCAAAAGAUUAUAGAUUUAGAUUGUUAAUGAUUUUUCUAACAUUUAUUCCAACUUUCAUAAUUUUGACGAUUUCAUUUGAAUUAUUAUUCUAUAUUGGAUUUUCAAUGAUAUUAUUACAAUGGUUAUCUAUUGAAGAAUUAUUAAAAGUUCCACAUGCUGAAAUUGUUAAAUCACAAGAAGAAACUGGUAGACUUCCAAAAGGUUAUUGGCUUCAAGUUAUUAGAAUUGCCAUCAUUGGGUUUUUCUUCUUACAAUUAGCAUUUUUCGGAACUGGUAAUAUUGCAUCAAUUUCAUCAUUUUCAUUAGACUCAGUAUACAGAUUAAUUCCAAUUUUUGAUCCUUUUUCAAUGGGUGCUUUAUUAAUGAUAAAAUUAAUUAUUCCUUACGUAUUAUUAUCUACUUGUUUGGGUAUAAUGAAUCAUCAAUUAGAAAUCAAGAAAUUCACAAUUUCAACAUUAAUCAUAUCGACUAGUGAUUUCUUAUCAUUAAAUUUUUUCUUUUUAGUUAGAACUGAAGGUUCUUGGUUAGAUAUAGGUGUGUCAAUUUCAAAUUAUUGUUUGGCCAUACUAUCAUCAUUGUUCAUGUUGAUUUUAGAAUUAGUAAGUUCUAUAAUGUUACAUGGAGUUGAAUAUGAUAAUUCUUCGACAAAGUUAGAUUAUGAGCCUAUAAGUCAUAGACUUAGAAAUAAAAAAAAAAUAGAGGUAAUAGAACUCGAUGAUUGA